AGUUGCCAGUCGGACCUAAUUCACCGGCGCACUAGGAACUUCCGUCCAGCUCAUUCCUUCUGCAUCAUUAAAGUUGACAUCAAAAACAUACAAAGUUUUUAAAGUUCACUUGUCUCUGACAAAAAACCGACAGUUGACGCCGCCGGUUAUUGACCUCCAUCAAUAUGACUUCACUAACAAUCAUCGCUCGUGUAGCGGACGGACUACCGCUCGCUGCGUCCAUACAGGAGGAUGAACAGUCAGGAAGAGACCUCCAGCUGUACCAGAGCCAAGCCAAGCAGCUGUGCCGUAAAUUGAAUGCACAAAGUCCGGACCGCUGUACCCUGGAGGCCGGGGACAUGAACUUCCACUAUUUAAUAGCAAAGGGUGUCUGCUACCUUUUCCUCUGUGAGGCUUCAUUUCCCAAAAAGAUGGUGUUUGCAUAUCUUGAAGACCUCCACAGUGAGUUCUAUGACCAGUAUGGAAGAAGAGUACCCACAGUAACGAGACCGUACUCCUUCAUCGAGUUUGACACUUACAUCCAGAAAACAAAGAAGUCAUACAUUGACAGCAGGUCCAGGAGGAACCUUGGCAGUAUUAACACAGAGCUACAGGAUGUCCAGAGAAUUAUGGUGGCAAAUAUUGAGGAAGUUCUGCAAAGAGGAGAAUCUCUUUCUGCUCUAGACACAAAAGCCAGCAAUCUGUCCGGUCUGUCGAAGAAGUACCGCAGCGAUGCCAAAUACCUCAACACCCGCUCCGCAUAUGCCAAGGUGGCUGCCGUGUCAGUGUUCUUCAUCACACUCAUCAUCUAUGUGCGUUUCUGGUGGCUCUGAUGGACUCUUAAACAUGGACUUUAACAUAAGGGAGAGGGUGUUUCAUUUUGAAAAAACAAGAAUUUUAACUGAUCCUGUUACAUUAAUGUUGUAUACCAGGGUGCCUUAAAGGGAUCAUAUACAGCCUAUCCCUAUUGAAGGUAGAAAUUCUUCCUAUGCUUUAUCCAGCUUUGACUUAUGCCAUGUAUACAGUAUAAACUGAGCCAUAGCUCUGCGAUGGGACUUCUUUAUGUAUGGAAGAAAAUGCUUCAUGGUGAGUUCAUGUAACUCUGUUUACUGGAAUAUUAAGAGCAGGGUGUAGAUAAAUUAACAUUUAUAACCUGGAAAUAGGGGUUUCUUUCAGAGUUCCAGCAUUAAGGAUAAACCAUGUAUGAAUAUGCAGAGGUUUUGUGAAAAGUCUUAACUGUGAUAAAAGAAUGUUUAUUGUUGACAGAGUUUACAUUGUAACAAAGUCUUAUUGAAAAUAUUAAAUAUUUAUCGAACUAUA